AUGCUCCGCUCCACCAAAGGCGCCUCCAAGGCGCGCCGGGACCAGAUCAACGCCCAGAUCCGCGCCCUGCGCGACCUCCUCCCGCUGCCCGAGGGCGACCGGCCGCGCCUCUCCUACCUGCACGUCAUGGCCCUCGCCUGCAUCUACACCCGCAAGGGAGCCUGUCUGCGGCCAGGCCCGACGCGGGGAGCGCCCAUGGAGCUGCUGGGGGGGCCGGAACUGGCCGACCUGGUGGCAUCGCUGCCCGGGUUCCUGCUGGCCGUGACCCGCGAGGGGAAGCUGGUGGGAGUCACCGACAACGUGGCCCAGCACCUGGGGCACUCCAUGGUGGACCUGGUGGCACAAGGGGACAGCAUCUACGACCUGCUGGACCCCGCCGACCACCCCCUGGUGCGACACCAGCUCACCCUGCCCGGGCCCCCCCAGGCAGAGCGCCUGUUCCGCUGCCGUUUCACCACCUCCCGCGCCUCGCGCCGGCCCAGCGCCGGCCGGAAGCUCGUCCUGCUCCGGGGCCGCUUCCAGGCUCCCCCCGGACCCCCCGGAGCCUCCCCGGGGCUCUUUGUCGCCUUCUGUGCCCCCCUUGACCCCCCGCCCUGGCCCUGCCCCGACUGCCUCCUCCUGCCCGCCUUCCAGAGCCGCCACGCCCGGGACCUCGCCCUGCUCGACGUCUCCGACAGUGUCCUGAUCCAUCUGGGAUACGGGCGGGGGGAGCUCCUGGGCCGCUCCUGGUACCGCCUCCUGCACCCCGAGGACCUCGGCCACGUCGCCCGCCAGCACCUGCGCCUCGCCGGCGCGGGGCCGGAGGCGCGGGGGGAGCUGGUGACGCGGCUGCAGCGCAAGGACGGGCUGGGCUGGACGUGGGUCUACACCCGCCUGCGCCCCGAGGGCCCGGCCCUGCUCGCCCACAACUUCGUCAUCAGCGAGGCCGAGGCCUGGUGUCUGCGGCAGCAACUGGCGGCCGAGGCCCCCCCGGGACCCCCCGAGCCCUUCGGCCCCGGCCUCGACUUCCCCGGUGCCGACGUCGGAGCGGGCGGGGACCUCGGCACCGGGCCUGGCAUCGGAUCCGGCGUCGACCUCGGUGUGGGAUCCGGGCUCGGAGACGACGUCGGAGCGAACGUCGGCCUCGGCCUCGGGGUCAGCGUUGGGUGUGGCCUCGGAGCCGACGUCGGACACGGCCUCGGAGCUGCUCUUGGAGCCAACGUGGAUCCCGGGCUUGGAGCUGGUGUUGGGCCCGGUCUCGGAGCCAACAUGGGACCUGGGCUUGGAUCCACCAUUGGACACGGCCUCAGAGGCAACGCCGGGGCCAAUGUUGACCCCGGGCUUGGGGCCGGUGUCGGAUCAACCACUGGGCACAGUCUUGGAGACGCUGUCGGACACAGUCUCAGCUCUGAUGUCAGCGCCAGCGUCGGCCUCGGCGUGGGAACCGGCAUCAGAGUGGACGUCGGCCUCGGGGUCGCUGCCGGCGCCGACGUCGGCCCUGCCCUCGGGGCUGAUAUUGGAGCCCUCGGAGCCGGUGCCGGAGAUGACGUCGGAACCCCACUCCAAGUCACCAGCGCUGCAGAGGUCGGGCCCGGCAUCGGAGCCGGCGUCACGCUCAGCGUCGGGGCCAACAUCGGGCCCGGCCUUGGGGGCGGCGUCAGAGCCAGCGUCGGGCUCGGCAUCGGGGCCGUUGGCCCCGCCCUGCCCUCCGAUGUCGGCGCCGGCGUAGGACUCGCCGUCGGUGCCAGCGCCGGAGCCGGAGUCGGUGCUGGGGUUGGACUCGGCCUCGGCGCCAACAUUGGAGCCAGCGCCAGCUCCGGGGUUGGACUCGGCCUUGGAGCUGCUCUUGGAGCCAACGUUGCCUCCACUCUUCCAUCCGGUGUUGGGCCUGGAGUUGGACUUGCCGUCGGAGCUGCCGUUGGAGCCAAUGUUGGCUCUGGUCUUGGAUCCGGUGUUGGACUUGCUGUUGGAGCCGGCGUUGGCUCCAAUCUUGGAUCCGGUGUUGGACUUGCUGUUGGAGCUGGUGUUGGCUCCAGUCUUGGAUCUGGUGUUGGACUUGCCGUCGGAGCCAUUGGUGCUGCUCUUGGAUCCGAUCUGGACAUUGGACUUGGCGUCGGAGCCACCGUUGGUGCUACAAUCACAUCCGACGUCGGCCCCGCCGUCGGGCUCGGCCUCGGAGCCAACGUGGGCUCCACCAUCGGCUCCGCCCCCACAUCGGACGUCGGUGCCGGUGUCGGACUCACCGCUGGAGCCGCCGGCGGCUCCGGGCUCGGAUCUACCCUUGGAUUUGCCGUUGGAGCCGCACUCGGAGCCAACGUUUGCUCCGGGCUCGGACCCGACGUCGGUGCCGGCGUCGACUCCGCUCUUGGCGACGCCGGCAUCGGACUCGGAGCCAACAUUGAGUCCGGCGUCAGAUCCGCCCUCGGACUCGGCAUCGGAGCCAACGUCGGGUCCGGCGUCGGAUCCGCCCUCGGACUCGGUGCCGGAGCCGCCGUCGGAGCCUCCGCCCUCGGUUCCACCCUCGCCCUCGGCCCCGGCGUCGACCCGACCCUCGGACCCGGCCUCGGCCUCGGCGCCAACGUCGGCACCGCCCUGGGCACCGGCCUCGCCCUCGGCGCCAACCUGGGCCCCGGCGUCCGCCUGGCGCCGGGCCUGGGGGUCCCCGAGACACCCGGGGGGGCCGCCGAGACCUGGACCCCCCCCUACACCCCCCGGCAGGCCCCGCCCUUCGCCUUCGGGCCCCCGGAGCCCCCCGAGGCCGCGCCCGAGAAGCUGCCGCCGAGCCCCGAGAGCCCCGGGGGCGGCGGGGGGGGUGUCCCGGGGGGCCCCCCCGGCUCCCUCCUCCUCACCCCCGAGACGUCGCCGCCGCCCCCCCCGCCCGCG